AUGGACGCAGCUCAACUGGAUACGCAAAGGAAGAAGGGAGAAGCCAUCUUGAAGACCAGCUCGACCGUCUACUCGACCAACCGGUCGAGUUCCUCAACUCGACCGGCCAAGCUUCAACUUGAUCGAGCUGAGAAGCUUUGUGAUUUGACAAAGAUCAAUGGUGUCUCUGAAGAUGCCAUCAAGCUGAGACUCUUUCCUAUGUCUCUAGCUGACAAAGCUCACCAAUGGGAGAAGAGCUUGCCCCAUGGCACAAUCACCACUUGGGAUGAAUGCAAGAAGGCCUUUCUUGCUAAGUUUUUCUCCACCGGUCGCACAGCCAAGCUUAGAGGAGAGAUAUCCAGCUUCAUCCAGCGAAACAAUGAGACAUUCGCAGAGGCUUGGGAGAGGUUCAAAGGGUACACAAGUCAGUGCCCACACCAUGGAUUCAACAAUGAAUCACUACUCUCCACUCUUUAUAGAGGAUGCUUGCCUAGGUAUAGGGAGAUGCUAGACACAGCUAGCAAUGGGAACUUCCUCAACCAGGAUGUAGAUGAUGGCUGGCAACUUGUGGAGAACAUAGCUAACUCAAAUGGAAGCUAUGGAGAAGAGUAUGAUCGCACCAAUCGGAGCUCGACCCACCACUCGAUCGAGUCAGACGAAAAGUUGAGAAAAGAUGUUAAGGCAUUGAAUGAGAAGUUGGAUAAGCUGAUCCUAGCUCAGUCCACAAUGAAGAAAGUCAACUUUGUGUCUGCUGAGGAGAUGGAACCAGUCCAAGAAGGGGAGGAUACACAAUUUGCUGAGGUGUGCUACAUGAGCAAUGGGCAAGGAGGUUACAACAAAGGAUACUAUAAUUACAAGUCCAACCCUGCCAUGUCAUACCGCAACACUGAUGUUGCUAACCCUCAGGACCAAGUAUAUCCUCAACAACAAGCAGCUCGAUCGAGUCAGGUGCCACAACAUGGGUAUGGUCAAAAGAACAAUUACCAAGGACCACAAGGCACUUUCCCUGGACAACAAAUGAAUAUCCCACCAGGCUUUCCCCACCAACCGCCCCAGCCUGCACCUUCACAAGAGAAUGAGCUCAAGGCAAUGCUAAAGCAACUACUUCAAGGGCAAGCUGAUGGGGUAGUGGACACAAGCAAGAAGCUAGCUGAAAUAAACUCUAAGAUCGAGAACCUCAACACAAGGGUUUACUCUCUGGAGAAUCAUGCUUCUUCUGUUGCUGCUGCUACAAAGCAAGGACAACUACCUGGUAAAGCUAUUCAGAACCCCAAGGAACAGUGCAAGGUCAUCUUCACUCAAGAGGACUUGUUGAAGAAGAGGAUCAAGAGAAGGGUCAUUGAAGAUUUUUGUUUACUGCUGAAUGAUGAUGAGAUUGUUGCUGCUGAGGCUCCUGGAGUCCAGAUUGAUCAACCAGAAGUGCAGGCACCUACUGUGGCCCUUCACACUUCACCAGUUGAGCUCGCACAACAAGCUCGAUCGGCAGCUCGAUCGAGUCGACAUCAAGCUCGAUCGAGUCCGACCUCAUCUGUACCAAAGCCAUUUUGCUUGAUCCUUACCAACCGGUUGACACUCCCUCGCCUCGCCUACUUAGUCAAGGGCACAAGGAAGUGA